AAGAAAGAGGACGAGACUACGAGCGUCUGGGAUCAAACGACAACAGAUUUGGAGUCCGAACGAGGGAGAAACGGAGAAUCAAAGAUAGGGGGACCCAGAACUGCAAAAUACCCGACCAAAAUACCCGAACGAGGUAUUUUGACCAUCUGAUAGGGUAUUUUUGACCGCAAAAUACCCGACCGGGUAUUUUCCAUUUUACCCAUAAAAGUAACCCGGAGCAUUUUGUUGAUACCCGACCGGUUCCCUAAAUACCUGACCGGAUAUUUGGACCGGGUUUCGCGAACGCAGGCUGUUAAAAGCCUGUUUUGUGCGUUUUUGGAGGGGGGAGUGGGUUUUGGAUCCCAAACACUUAAGGGACGAACUAAAGAGAGAGAGGGUGAUUUGAGGGCAAUCUUGGAGUGGAAUUGGAGGAUUUUUUCGCCUUGGAAGCUCGAGGAACAAGCCCAGACUUGAAGACUGAUCAUUUGAAGAUUCUUACUGCACUCUCUCUCUUCUCUAUGGAUUAACUUCCCUUCACUUUGGUUUUGACGAACCCUAGCCAUGUUUGUUUAAUUGGAUGAUUGUAUGAGUACUCUUACUUGAUAAUCUUGAGUUCAUAUUCAAUCUAUGCAUGUUUUCAUGAUUCAAUUUUGCUUUAGUCGAGAUUAUUGAUUCUGCUUUGAUCCUUUGAGAGCGAAUACCUGAUUAGGUGAAUAUAGCACGAUAGAUUGAUAAUAUUGGAUCGAUUUCUUUAGUCGAGGGUUGAUUCAAUGCUUUGUAUCGAUUGAGAACCUCAUUUGAUAGAGGGAGUCUAGUUCAGAACGCCUUGAUCGGUUAUUCUAGAGAAGGAUGCGUCCCUCUAGGCAAUUGACUCAAGAGGGCCUUGUUCCUUUAGUCGAGACUCAAGGUCUAGUCAAGGAUUCUCCGCAUUGUGAAUGAAAGUGAAAUAGGUUAGAGAUCAUCAAUCAUUAAUCUGGUUGGUGUCUAGGGGGAAUCAUCCCUAAGUGAGUUCCCAACCUGUAAUUAGAUUAAAUUUAACUAUAAUUUGCUAGAGUAGUUUUAGCUCUUCCAUCUUAAUCUGGUUUGCUAGAUAAUGAAUUGAAGCUGAGAAAUAGUAACUCUAGAGACCCGUGGAUUCAAUAUUUAUUACUCGAGCCACUAUACUGCAGUCCCUUUCAUUGGUUACACUUGGCCAUUGUUAGGAGUUGUGUCAUAGCGAGUCACAAAUCCCUCUGACCAUCGACCCUAUACAACUACAUAACGACAAAGACACGAAGUGUGCUAAGGCUUGAGAAUCAGCAAGUAUGAAGAUUUAUUUCAACAACAAAGUUUUUAGAAGUGAAGAACAUAUAUGUUGGUCAGUUCUAGCCAUCAGGUACAGGAUGAAUAUCGAUAGCACAGCUCAAGACAACUCAGGGAUAACUAUAAUGGGAAGGUGUCGUACGCGAUAGUCAAGGUGAUUCGAAGGGAUAACUAUAAUGGGAAGGUGUCGUACGCGAUAGUCAAGGUGAUUCGAAGGGAGAUUUUUUGUGUGCAGUAAACUUGGCACCGGGAUGACCCUAGUAGCUUAACUCUAGGGGGAUUUAUCAAGUUCUCGAUUCCACAUGAAAAAAUGUAUUCAAUUCCUCAUCCACAAAAUGAAUUACUUGGCUAGCCAUUGAUUUGAUUAACAAAUGCACGUACCUUGUGCAUCGAUCCAAAUAGGUGCUAUUCAUGGACUUUUGGCGCAUGGAUCGGUGGUUCUCUUAACUCAUACAUAACGCGACGAAAUAAAGUCGCGAACUGGCUUUAAGAGCACAGUCUCGUCUAUUCCUUUGGUACAUAUGAGUUAGAGGCCCUCUAUCGGUUUUACUAUUUUAGAAAGAAUGCUCAUAGAGGAUAUCACGGGAAUUAGUUUUCCUCGAUUAGUGCCACAACUGAAUAUCUGACUGUUGAUAGGCUCUAUUUUUUAGUAUAAUAAAGCUAGUUUGGUUAAAACUAUGUUUAUGAAACAUUCUUAUGUUUACGUGUGUCGCUGCCACUUGAUAAUGUUAUCAUUUUGGCCCUUAGCCUCUAGUUAAUAAAAAAUAUAGUUUCACAACCAUUAAUGAUAAAGCUAGCAUUAUUGAGAAUAAUUUCAAUAUAAUUAGUUGCAUAAUAGCAUCGUUAAAAGUAGUUUCAUAACCAUUAGUAAUAUCAGUCUCAUCGUUGAUGAUAUUUUCAUAAUCAUUAAUAAUAGCCUAUCAUCUUUUCCAUUAUUGAGAGGUAAGUCAUUCUAUCAUGAUCACAAAUACAAUAUGCUCUUCUCAUAUGCAAAUACAACAUAGUCUUCUUAUACGCAUAUUUAGUUUUUCAAUAAUAUCUUAUGCGAUUUGAGGAAGACACAUAUGACAUACUUAAUGACUAACCAGCAUUGACCCUGGUAUUACCUCAUCAUGGAAUUACUAAUGACUAUUCUAUUUCUACCAAAUUAGCUAUUUAAUUUGGUGAAACUUAUUUGACUUGAACAAGAGUCAAACCAUCAUUUAAAAACAAGUACUUGGUUGCCACUGCCACGUGUUUGACAGCGGAACCAACCAGCGGCAUUUUUUGUUUCUUCCAAAAAAAAAAUGAAUAAAUAAAACCAACACUUUUGUGGUGGCGGGUGGGGACCGAUUCUCCUGCUGAGCUGCUCAGUAGCUAGCUGUACACUCCCAUUAAUUAAUUAAUAUUUUUUUUCGUGAGGAAUCUUUUCUUUUGCCUUAGAAAGACUGCUCUUCCCCAGCCAGCCAGCCAGAACCUUUCUCUUUAACCCUUUCCAAGAUUUAAGUUUCAUGCAUAUUCAUUUAUUAACUAAAAAAAUAAUUAAUAAUUUAAUAACAAUCAGAUUAUUUGCAAAGGUUACUUUCUGACGGUUAGAAUUUCAAAAAUUUCGCCUUUCUCUUCUUCCCCACUCGCUCGCUAACCCUAUUGAGUUUUUGUUUCUUCUUUCCCGUUUCUAAUUUCUUGCUUCGGUUUUAGGACAAACAAAAACAAUCCGAUUCCCAUUGUUCCGUUUUACUUCUCCUCCUCCUCCGUUUCUUACAUCCCAAUCCCUUCUUCUUCUUCUUCUUCUUCCCACCAAUUCACAUCUUCCCAUCGCAAACCCAAAUCGGGCUUUCUUUUGAAUUCCUCUCUCUCUUACCCAACGCACCGCCCUUCCAUAGCGAUGACCUAAUAAUUCCCUGUCUUCCUCUCUCUUUGUUUCUGCUUCCAUCCUUUUUCUGGUACAAUUUUGAACCAAACCCAGAAAUUCAAAUCCUCCCUUUUUCUGCUGCUGGGUUCGGGAGAACCCGUUUUCCCUUCUCGCGUUUGGAAAUCAUACAAGCAUGAAGAGGGGGAAAUCGGACACCCGAUUGGACAAGUACACCGCCGUCACGCGGCAGCGGUCGUUUCACGUUCUCAUUGCCUUGGGGGUCCUCUAUUUCUUCCUCGUCACAGUGGAAAUCCCAAUCCUGUUCAACUCCGGGGCCAGCUCCUCCGUCUCCCCCGACGCACUCACUCGCCCUUCUAAGCUCCAGAGCGAGGAGGAUUUGCUGGACAAGGACGCCCCUUCCCGCCCUCGCGCCUUGGUGUCCCACACCGCCCAGCCGGGUCCGACCCAGCUCCUCCCCGCACUCCCCAACAACAUCCUCUCCAGCUUGAAGUUCGAUCCGGAGACUUUUGAUCCGGCCAAAAAGGACAGGUCUGUGGAGCUCCACAGGAGUGCCAAGACUGCUUGGGAAGUUGGCAGGAAGAUGUGGGGCGAGAUUGAGAGGGAUGAGUUCGACUUCCUGGAGCUUAAGAAGCCCGAGAACCGUACUGAGUCCUGCCCCAACUCGGUUGCGCUGACUGCGUCUGAGUUUCUGAAACGCGGCCGGGUCGUGGAGCUUCCUUGUGGACUCACCAUUGGUUCUCACAUCACGGUGGUCGGGAAGCCCAGGGCAGCUCAUGCGGAGGCUGAGCCCAAGAUAUCUCUGAUUAAAGACGGUAGGUCGUCGGUUAUGGUGUCCCAAUUUAUGAUGGAGUUGCAGGGUUUGAAGAUCGUGGAUGGUGAGGAUCCGCCCAGGAUUCUUCACUUCAAUCCGAGGUUGAAGGGGGAUUGGAGUGGCAAGCCUGUGAUCGAGCAGAAUACUUGUUACAGGAUGCAGUGGGGGACGGGUGUACGAUGCGAAGGCUGGAAAUCCAAGGCUGAUGAGGAGACAGUUGAUGGUCAGGUGAAGUGUGAGAAGUGGAUCCGUGAUGAUGACAGUCACUUGGAGGAAUCAAAGGCAGCUUGGUGGUUAAACCGGUUGAUUGGUCGAACAAAAAAAGUGACAUUUGAUUGGCCAUUCCCAUUUGUGGAGGAGAAGAUGUUUGUUUUGACUCUAACUGCUGGUUUGGAAGGUUAUCACCUCAAUGUUGAUGGGAGGCACGUGACCUCGUUCCCUUAUCGCACUGGAUUCACUCUUGAGGAUGCCACAGGACUAACUGUGUAUGGGGAUGUCGAUGUCCAUUCCAUAUUUGCUGCAUCAUUGCCUGCAGCACACCCUAGCUUUGCUCCUCAGAGGCAUCUUGAGAAGUCUAUUGUAUGGAGAGCACCGGCACUGCCUGAAGGGGCGGUUGAACUCUUCAUUGGCAUUCUUUCAGCAGGUAACCAUUUUGCUGAAAGGAUGGCUGUUAGGAAGUCUUGGAUGCGCCACAGACUCAUUAGAACUUCACAUGUGGUUGCUCGGUUCUUUGUAUCACUUCACGCACGAAAAGAAGUGAACUUGGAACUGAAGAAAGAAGCAGAAUUUUUUGGAGAUAUAGUGAUAGUGCCUUACAUGGAUAACUAUGACCUUGUAGUUCUAAAAACCGUUGCCAUCUGUGAAUAUGGGGUCCGCACCGUUGGGGCAAAGUAUAUAAUGAAGGGAGAUGAUGACACUUUCAUAAGGGUAGAGACAGUUCUUGAUGAAGCUAAAAAGGUUCCCGAGGGUCGAAGCUUGUAUAUUGGCAACAUAAAUUAUUUCCACAAGCCCCUCCGACAUGGGAAAUGGGCUGUCACUUACCAGGAGUGGCCAGAGGAAGAUUAUCCACCGUAUGCGAAUGGGCCUGGUUACAUCUUGUCUACGGACAUAGCCAAAUUCAUUGUCGCUGAGUUUGAGAAACAUGAACUAAGACUGUUCAAGAUGGAAGAUGUGAGCGUAGGAAUGUGGGUUCAGAAGUUUAACAGGAUGAAAACAGUGGAAUUAGUGCACAGCUUGAAGUUCUGCCAGUUUGGAUGCUUCGACGGCUAUUACACAUCGCACUACCAGUCUCCAAGGCAGAUGAUCUGCCUUUGGGAAAAGCUGGAGAAGUUUGGUUUGCCUCAAUGCUGCAACAUGAGAUGACAACAACUAAUCAGUUUAAUGUAUACUGCGCCCUGUAUUUCAUUGCGAGGUACGAACCACCCCCAAUAUGACCUCAUCGUUCCUCCCAUCAUCGGCAUCACAAUGACAGAGAAAUGCCGAGACAGUGUAGUAAUGUGAAGAGUAGACAUUUCAGAUAUCCGCAGGACAGAUGUGGGAGGUGGGGAAAAGAGGUAGAAGAAGCGUAAAUGAGAGUUCUUUUUAAACUGCUUAAUUGUAGGAAUAAAUUCUUGUAUAUAUGCUUGUGAGGUCCAGGGAAACAAGAAAAUUUUAUAAGAGAACUCUGUUUUUCAGCUUCAAGAAAAAUCGUUCUUUUUAAAUUUUAACGUUCUGGUCUCAGGAUUCAAUUCACGUUACAGGAACUAAUCUUAGUGAAGCAAACAAUUCUUCUUUCCAUCCUUUGAUCAUGGCCCAUUUGCUGGCAAUGGGUCAUUAAGAUACUACUUAUAGCUUCGAUGGCACAUUUGGAAAGGGAACCUUUUUUUCCUAUGUGUUCUGGCAGCAAGAGGAUAAUAUAGUUUAGUAUUAUGACAGAACUAACUCAAGAAGAAGGAAUCAGUCUUUACCAAAAAGGGCAAAUUUGUGCAUGUUUGUUUAUGCUUUUUCCAGCCAUUUCCUCCUGGACUCAGCUGUAGGUUCCAACUUCAAUCAUUCCACACUCUCGACCAUGGACAGAUAGCUUAGGCUAACUCCAACCCAUAAAGGGGAAUUUAGCUCCCCAAAUAGCCAAAUAUGGCUUUUUAGCUCCUCAAACCCACUUUUCACUCCAACCCUAUAAAAAGCUAAAUUUAGCUUCCCAUUUCCCUUUUUCAAUUUAUUUCAAUAAACCAUAUUUAUUUGACCUCUAAUUUUCAUAUUUCACUUUAAUUUUUUCAUAGCUCGUUAUUAGUUUUGAAUACAAAAUUUUCGAUGUAAUUUUUUUAAAAUUCCGAGAUAAUUUUUUUUUCAAAAAUUAGUCGUUAAAAUAUUACCGUUAAAACUUCGGGACCACUCCAAAUAUGACCGUUUAUUUUGUUUGUCGCGUCCUUCAGGGCGAGUCAACACGAAAGGCGUAGCUCCUUCAUCUGGUAAGUCAUUAAGCCUUCCACGGGAGAUGAUUGAGAACCAAAACCUGUGGGAGAACUUUGAGAACCUUGCCCCAUAGGUGGAAUGGGACUAACAAGCAGGUCAGGAUUGCAGUACCAUUUUGGACAAUUUCGAAGAAUGUCGAAACAAUGCUCAAAAUCAAAAGCCUUGUUCCCAUUCUCUUGCUUAUAUAUUGCUCUUGCCUCCUUUUCCUUAUAAAAUAAUUAGUACAUGGGUUAGAGAAGUUUUUAUUGACACAUAAAAAAUAAGAAAAUACACAAGUUGAGGGUCCAAAAGAAUACCACAUCAAACUGGUUCGUGCCACUCGAUUGAUGCCUUUGUGCUCUUUGCAAAACUCCCUUCCAAGCAUUGUAGUGAUAGCAAAUAAUCCUCAUUCGGGAUUCCAUUGCAAUAGCAGUACGAGUUGUACUAGGAUCCCAUUUUUGAUGUUCUGCCGCCACUCUGUCCCACAACCUUGUAGACUUCUGGUUGGUGCCAACCGCUCCAUCUUCUGAUAUCGACGCCCAAGCUCUGCACAAGAUUUCAUCUUCAUUCGGAUGCCAAUUAGGUCCUCUCUUGCCUGUCAUAUUUCUAUUUUGAGAGACGAUAACAAUUGAAUUUUGAGAGAAUGCGAUUUAUGCUCUGAGAAUGAGUGAAGAGAAAUCUAUGAAGAGUGCUGUAAUAUAUAAGAAAAAAUAUGGCUGUUA